AUGCCAUCCCCGAACAACCUGUACCUGGACAUGAACGGAAUUGUCCACAACUGCUCACUACCAAACGACACCGAUGCCCACUUCCGUCUGUCCGAGGACAAGAUCUUCCUCGCCAUCUUCAACUAUAUCGAUCAUUUGUUCCUGAAGAUCAAACCACAAAAGGUCUUCUUCAUGGCCAUCGAUGGUGUGGCCCCUCGUGCCAAAAUGAACCAACAGCGUUCCCGUCGAUUCCGCACAGCCAAGGAUGCUGAGGAUGCCAAGCGCAAGGCGAUCGCCAAGGGAGAAGAGCUUCCAGAAGAGGAGCAGUUCGAUCGUAACUGUAUCACCCCAGGAACACCAUUUAUGAAGAGACUCUCGGCGCAGUUGGAAUACUUUAUCUCCAAGAAGGUGACCGAGGACGCCAACUGGCGUGGUGUCAAGGUGGUGCUUUCAGGACACGAGGUUCCCGGAGAGGGGGAACACAAGAUCAUGGAAUACAUCCGUCUAUCAAAGGCUCAGGAAGGAUACAACCCCAACACUCGACAUUGUCUGUACGGUCUCGAUGCCGAUCUGAUCAUGCUCGGCCUGCUGAGCCACGAGCCUCACUUUGCGCUUUUGCGUGAGGAGGUUACCUUCGGAAGGGCCAACAAAAAGAAAGGGUCCAUCGAUACACAAAACUUUUUCUUGAUGCACCUCUCGCUGCUGCGGGAGUACCUCGAUAUGGAGUUCAACACCCUUCAGGAAGUAUUGCCCUUCCCCUACGACCUCGAGCGCAUCAUCGACGACUUUGUGCUGAUGUGUCUCUUUAUCGGAAACGAUUUCUUGCCACAUCUCCCCAACCUUCACAUCGCCGAAGGUGCACUGAGUCUUCUUUUCAAUAUUUACAAGAAGCUGCUGCCGCAAUUGGGCGGAUACUUUCAGGAUUCAGGAGAGCUGAAUUUCCACCGUGUCGAGGCCAUGUUCCACGAACUGGCCGAGGUGGUCGAAGCCGAGGCCUUUGAGGCAGAGUGCGAUGAUCUCAAGUAUAUUGGUGGCAAGAUGGCUGAGUUGUUGAUUGUGCCCAACUCUGGACAGAAGAACAAUGGCAAGCAUCGACAAGGAAUGCGUAUGGGUAAACCCAUCGAGAACGCUAAUGAGCUCGUGAUGACAAGGAGGCAAAAGGAUUUGUAUGACCAGAUGAAAGAAUUCGUGCUAGAGCGCAAGGAUGUCCUUCAUUUCCCACCAACGCUGAAUUCGAGCGAGCGCAGCUUUGUCAAGAGAAUCGCGUCAGCGAUUGAGAUCCGAUACGGUACAGAGACUUCACCCGAGGGUGUGAUGAACCUUUACAUCGAGUUUGACGAAGAAGAGGAUGACGAGGAUGUAGAAUCUCAGGAGGCACGCGCACGCGUCAUGCGCAAGUACGACCAGGCUGAGGUCGUCGAGGAUGUGAUUGAGAGCGAGAAACUUCGUAACGAGAAGGCCAAGAAUGUCUAUGAAGACAGGUUACUGCAAUGGAAGAAAACCUACUAUCUGGAGAAACCUGAGCUCGAGCAUGAGGCUGAUAUUCGCAAGAUGGUCUUCAAGUAUGUCGAGGGAUUGCAAUGGGUUCUCUACUACUACUACCGAGGAGUUUCCUCAUGGGCAUGGUUCUACCCAUACCACUAUGCUCCUAAGAUCUCUGAUUUGGUUCACUUGGACUUGUUCAAGUUCCCAUUCGAGCUUGGAACACCGUUCAAGCCCUACGAACAGCUCAUGGGUGUCUUGCCUGAGGCCAGUAAGCAACACAUCCCUCAGGCAUACUGGGAUCUAAUCACCAAGGAGGCUUCACCCAUCAAGGACUUUUACCCCGACAACUUUGACCUGGAUAUGAACGGCAAGAAGCAGGACUGGGAGGCUAUCGUCAAGAUUCCCUUCAUCGACCAGGAGCGACUUUUGACGGCCAUGAAGAGUAAGGAACACUUGCUGACGCCAGAGGAAGUUGAGAGAAACGAGACCGGCGAGAGCGCGGUAUUCACUCGCGACGAGAGCUUGAGCGAGACCUAUUCUUCGCCCUUGCCUUUGGUCUUUCCCGACAUCAAGGACUGCAAAUGCAAGCGGUCUGUCUUUCACCUCCCCGUCAUCGAGGGCGUCUCCUCGUUGAGAAAGGGUCUGUGCGAAGGUGCAUUCAAGGGAGCCGAUGCGCUCUUUGGUUUCCCCUCUCUAGCUACUAUCAAGUACUCUGGCAACCUCGGCUACCACGGUGUUCAGGUCUUCCAGGCGCCUUCUCGUAACGAAACGAUGGUUGUCAACAUUGUGAACCGAUUCGAGGAUGUCAAGCCCGAGGCACUGGCAUUGUCAAAGCUCGGAAAGCGAGUCUAUGUUGGCUGGCCCUUCUUGAAGGAGGGUAUUGUUUCGUCGAUUUCAGACGAGAUGUUCAAAUACGAGUUGCAGGUUCAGGGCAAGAAUAAGGUUGUCAUCAAGACACCCCACCGUACCAACACCUUUGAUACCUGGCGCAAGCGCGUCGACAGGAUCGAGACCAUGUACAACAAGCGAUUCGGUGUGGUCAUUGGCGACAUUGAGUUCACAGCUCAGGUCCUGCUGUUGAAGGGUCUCAGGCGGGAGAUGAAUGGAGCAUUGGUCAAGGACUUUUGCAAGCCCGGGGAGGAGCAGGAGUUUGCUGUCCAGACCGUCAUCGACACUAUCCGUCACCCCGAUACCAGAACCAAGGAGGAGCCUCCUCGUCCUCUUAACGAAGACUUUCCUUUGGAGUCCCAGGUCUUUUUCUUGGGUCAUGGACAUUACGGAUGCCCUGCUCAAGUCAUUGCUCACUCUGAUAAUGCCCUUGCUCUCCGCGUUGCUAUCCCUAACGAGCACAAGGGAGAGCCAACAUUUGGACAUGAGAUUGUUAAGGAGGCACUCUCGGGAUUAGUCUAUCAACCUUCGUUUGUUGUGAACAAGAAGGUUGGCAUCUCUGCAUUGAUCCUCAGCAAGCUGACCUCGUCCCUCCACGUUGUCUAUCGCUCGACCGAUCGUCGCAUCAACUUGGGUCUCAACCUCAAGUUUGAGGGCAAGAAGCAGAAGGUUCUGGGUUAUACCCGCAAGACCGACAGUGGAUGGGAGUUCAGCCAGAAGGCGAUCGCACUUUUGCAGGAGUACAAGAAGCUGUUCCCCGAGUUCUUUGACGGACUGGAGAAGAGAGCUCGUUCGGACUUUUACAUUGCCGAGGAGCUCUACCCCAACGGCGACAGUGUCGAGAAGAUCAAGCGGAUCGAAGACUGGCUCAAGAAGUCCAAGGUCAGGGACUUUGAACGCGUCGAUCUCGAUGCCGAGCAACUCGACAAGGACACUAUUGCGUUGGUGGAGAAGGCAGCGGACGAUUACGUUGAGACAAGGUCGGGAAUGAAGCACGUCAUUGUCAAGAACUUGGGUCGUCAUACCAUGCUCAAGCCCAGCCACGCUGCGACAUUGUUGCCUGACCAGACCUUCAAGCUUGGAGAUCGCGUUGUAUUUGUCCAGGACUCGGGUACAGUCCCCAUUGGCGCCAAAGGAACUGUUGUUGGCAUAGACCGUUUGGAGGUUGAGGUCGUCUUUGACGACAAGUUUAUGAGCGGCAUGGAUCUCAGCGGACGUUGUUCGAUGUACCGCGGUAUGACGGUUGGACCUCAGUCGAUCUUGAACCUGUCCAGCCCUCAGUGCAAUCAAAAAGCACCAGCCACUCCUGCACCCGCAGCUGCGGCUCCCAGACCCAAGCCUGUUAACAUUCUUCCCAAGAACAACAACCAGCACAACCCAACGGACGACAAGCCUCCAGGCUGGGAUAUUCUUGGAGUUGCACCUGUCGCCGAUAAGCCCAAGAAGGGUCCUCAUCACCCCAAGAACCAUAACAACAACUAUGGUGGAAACAGCAACGGAGGCGGUAGGACAUUGGGUCAGGCCCCUCGCGGCGAGCAGCCUACCAACGUAAACCAGAGUUUGGGCUUCCAUGCCCGUCCCAGACCUCCUGUUCAGAUUGCGGUCCGACCCAACUCUGAGAACAACAAACCUGGCGCUGAAGACAUUUCUUCGCUCUUACUUGGACUCUUGCACAAGAACGUGACUCCGGAUCAACUUGGUGGACCUAGUGGCCCCAACGGAGCUCAGGGCAUGUCCUUUGGAACCCUGCCCCCCGUCCUUCCUGCCGCUGGAUCGCAGGCUGCCUCGCUCUUGGAGCAACUCCUUCCCAGGCCCCCACCUCAGCAGCAGAACCAUCAGCACCAGUAUCAGCAGCAACCUGCUCCCCCACCAGCCUGGCAGGAUACUGGUCGUAUCCAGCAACAACAUGGGCAAUCGUCACCACCGGGGCAGAAGGGAGUUCAGCGCCAUCCUCGCCCUCCACCAGCCAACGGCCAGCCUCAGGCCGGCAACAGCCACAACAACAACCAGCGACCUCCAGGGUUCUCUAACCGUGGUGGUCACCGAGGUGGCCACUCUCAGGGACAGCCUCGCCCCACACCUGCCAACCAGAACCAGAACCAGGCCCAGACUCAAGGUCAAGGUCAGGGUCAGUCUGGACCUUCGAACGGAGGAGGCAAUGGCAAAGUGAACAACAAUGGCCAGGAGCGUGGAAACAACAACCGUCGUGGCCGUGGCCGCGGCGGCAACCGUGGUGGAAACAAGGGCGGCGACUCUGCUGCUGCUGCCGCGGCUUCUGCUGGUGCUGCUGGUGCUGCUCCUGCUGCUGCUUCAGCUUCAGCAGAAGGAUCGUCGUCUGCUCCUGCUCCCGCCCCAGCAACCCCCCCGCCCGCAUACACAAACUAG